AUGGGCCCCUCUAGGGCGCAGCCUCUUUUGUUUUAUUUGCUGCUGCUGUUUUAUAUUUAUUUCUUUUUGCUUCUUUUGCUGCUUCGAAUUUUAAACUCUCCUUUUAUUUGCUGCUUCCACUCAACUCCGACGCAACAGGCAGCAGCAGCAGCAGCAGCAGCAGCAGCAAUAGAAGCAGCAGCAGCAGCAGCAAUAGGAGCAGCAGCAGCAGCAGCAAUAGGAGCAGCAGCAGCAGCAGCAAUAGAAGCAGCAGCAGCAGCAGCAGCAGCAAUAGAAGCAGCAGCAGCAGCAGCAGCAGCAAUAGGAGCAGCAGCAGCAGCAGCAAUAGAAGCAGCAGCAGCAGCAAUAGUAGCAGCAGCAGCAGCUGCGAAGGUAGCAGCUGCAGCAGAGCAACAGCAGCAGCAGAAGUAG